AUGUCGCGCGCGGCCCGACUCACUGCGCGCUGGACGCGGCUCUCGCUGGAUAAUGCGCCGCUUGCUCGCUCUUCGCACGGGCUCUCGUCCAUCGGCGGCGCCGCUUACCUCUUUGGUGGCGAGGCGACGGCUCGUACCGCCAUCGACAGCGUCGUGCACAGGCUCGACUUGCAGGCCGGAGCGUGGACAGAGCUGCAGCCCAGCGGCAGCGCGGCGCCGCUGCCACGCAUAGGGCACGCGCAGUGCGCCGCGAGUGGCCAGCUGAUCGUGUUUGGCGGCCGAACGAGCGUGAGCAUGGGCGAGGGCGACCUCAACGACCUCUGGUCCUUCGACCCGGAGGCGGUGGCGUGGACGCCGCUCGAGGCCGCGAGCGGCGAGCCGCCGAGCGCGCGCUCCUUCCACCGUGCCGCGGCCGUCGGCGACCGCGUGUAUGUCUUUGGCGGCUGCGACGCCUCGGGCAGGCGUGCAGACCUCCACGAGUUUGACCUGAGCAGCCGGCGGUGGACCGAGCUCGCGCCGCCCGCCGACCUGGGCGGGUACCCCGGCCGCGGCGGCGCCACCCUCGAGGCGGCGGCCGACGGCUCGGCGCUGCUCGCCGUGGCGGGCUUCGCCGGGCACGAGACGAAUGACGUCGUCCGCUUUGACGUGGCGCGGCGAGUGUGGGAGCGGGCGCCGUCCGAGUGGCUCCGGCCGCGCUCGGUGUGCGCGUCGUUCAGCUUCGCGCCGGUGUCCGGCCCCGCGGUGGUCGUCUUUGGCGGCGAGGUGUCUCCCUCCGACAAGGGCCACGAGGGCGCCGGCGGCUUCGCGUCCGACUUGGUCGGCAUCGACGCGGGCGGGCAGCCGAUCGAGGUUGUGGUGGACGGCGCUUCCACGCCGCCGCCGCGCGGGUGGGGCGCGGGCACCGCGAUCGCCGCCGACCAAGGGGUGCUCUUCGGCGGGCUCUCCGGCGACGACGCGGCGCCGGUCAGGCUCGGCGACGCGUGGCACCUCGAGGUUGCGUGA